AUGCCACCCAAGCCAUUCAAGGCCCCGCGGCCGUCCGCAUCCGCAAAAACCAGCAGUGGCAGCAGCAGCAAAGGGAAAGCGAAAGCAGCAGCAUCUCGAAAGACAAGCGCCGCGCGUGCGUCAGGUUCUAGCUCUUUCGCGCGUGCUACCAACGUUGAAGAUUCCGAGGACGAUCCUUUCGCAUCGAUAGGGAAUGAGAAGGAGGAGGACGAUGAUGCAGGUGAGGGAGGGGAAGAAGAUGUUGUGGUGAUGGAUGACGAGGAGGAGGAGGAGGAGGAGAGGAAAGAGAGGAUCCCGCCGGAGCUGUUGACGCGAUUAUUGCAUGAAUGCUUCACGAAUGAGAAGACGCGGUUGUCGCGCGAGGCGAACAAGGCGGUGGGGAGAUACAUGGAGACGUUUGUGAGGGAGGCGUUGGCGAGGGCGGCGUUUAUGAGGGCGGAGGCUGAUGCGGGGGGGAAGGGGGACGGGUUCUUGGAGGUCGAGGAUCUGGAGAAGCUGGCGCCGCAGCUGUUACUGGACUUCUGA